UUUCCUUAAUAUUUGUUAUGAGUUGGGUUUUGAGAUUUUUUGAUUCAGUGUGGCCUAAUGCUUCUAAUGUGAGCAUCAUAGAUGUUAUAAUUUAACAAUUUUUUCCAUAUUUUAAUCCGUAUAUUUUACUUUAGAUUUUAAGAAAAUUUUCAUAUAAUUUUUUUAAAAUGUACUUUUAGAAACUUAUUUUUUGUAAAAUAACAUACCCUUUAAAUUAACUUUAAUUUUUUGUCACAGCCAUAAUUGGUUUCAACUAAAUUAUUUUAAAUAAAUCAGGAUAAUUUCAGAAUGUUGAAGGAUGUUUAAUAGGACUCACCAACUUGAGCAACUGGUCCAUGGCCAGGAUUGUAUUUUUCGAUACGACUCUGAUUUCUUUAUUUCACCUACUGAUCCCAAGAUUAUAAAUCCCAACCAUGAAGGGAUAGAUGUUGAGAUGACAUUUUCUCCGCAGUUUAAGAUGUUUAUGGAUCAGGUUGACGCUGUGAAAAAGAUGAUACAGUCGAUCGAUGAUGGGUCAGAUUCGAUUACAAAGUUGAUGGCAUUGAGCCAUGACGUUAUGACUAGUAGUCAGAGCAGUAGCGUCAGCUCGAAAAUGAACGCUCUAAUUGACCGUACAAACAUAGUGUGUACUCAGUGCAAAAACCUGAUUACUACCCUUGACCAACUUAAGGACAAUGGCCAAAGUGAAACUGAGAACAGGAUGCGUUCAAACUCUUACAAUGUGAUCGUCAAGCACUUUAAAAACUCAAUGAAACGAUAUCAGGAUGCCCAAGUCAAGUUCAAGAAGUCAAUUUCAGACCGAGCAAAGAGCCAGAUUAAGCUCAUAUACCCUACCAUGAAGGAUGAAGAAGUUGAAAAAAUAGUUCAGGAUACCAGAGGCAUUCAAACCGUGGAACAAAUCGCAAAAUCAAAUUUUCUUGAGAAUUCAUCAUUAAGAGAUGCAGUGUCAAAUAUACAGGGCAAAUAUAACGAUAUUCUAGCGCUUGAACAAAGUAUGGAACAACUGAAACAAAUGAUGGUUGAGUUGGCAGGGGUGGUCAGCUACCAGGGGGAGCUUAUUGACCAGAUUGAACAUAACACAUUGAAGGCAGUGGACUACACGGGAAGGGCACAUCAACAGUUACUCAAGGCUCAGGACAAUAAACGCAAAGGAGGAAAACUCUUGAUGUGGUUCACUAUCAUUAUUAUUAUAGUAGGUAUCAGCAUUAUGAUACCAAUUUUACUAAAAAUCACAUGA